AUGGCACUUCUUUUUCUUUUUUCUCUUUCUUUGCCUCAUCUUUUCUACUUCUUUCUCCUUUUCUCAGUCUUUCUCAAGUUUCUCCUUCUUUUCUUUCUCCUUUUCUCAACAGUAGUUGUCAUUUUUCUCCCUUUUCUCUUUGUCAUUUUUCUCCCUUUUCUCUUUUCUAUUUCUCUCCCUUUUCUCUUUUCUAUUUCUCUCCCAUUUCUCUUUGUCAUUUCUCUCCCUUUUCUCUUUGUCAUUUCUCUCCCUUUUCUCUUUUCUAUUUCUCUCUCUCUCGUUUUCUCAUUUCUCUAUCUUCUUUUGUUCUUUCUUUUUCUUUCUCUCUUUCUUAUUUUCAAUUUUCUUUUCUCUCACUUUUCUCAUUUUUCUCUUUCUCACCCUCUCUCAUUUUUCUCCCUUCUUAUUUCUCUUUCUCUUUUUAUCAUUUCUCUAUUUCUUUUUCCUUUUUUCUUUCCUGUUAAGUUACUCUCAUUUUUUCUCUUUCCCUUUUUCUCAUCUCACUUUCUUUUAAAGCUUUUCAUUGUCUUUCUUUCUCUUCUCACUCUUUCUGUUUCUCUGUAUCUCUCUUUCAAGAUUUUCUUUCAUUCCUUCCUUCUGCCUUUUAUUUAUCUUCAUCUUCGAUCCCCCCCACCCUCCACUUUCAUUAUUUUCACUGUUGCUUCAAGCAAGUAA